GCCGCAAAUUCCAUCAAAAGAAGAAGAAAUGCGACCGGUAAUCUGAUUGGUCCAGACAGUUUUAGCAUUUCCGUCGUCUUUGGGCUAGCAAAUGCGAUACACUCUAUGGAUACACUUCCCCCCCUGUCCUGUGUGAAUUAGAUUCGCACUGUGUUCCUCAGACCAGCGACUAACGUUAGUGCUGAAGUUGGUGUCUAGACACGGCUCUGCCUUGAGACAAGAGGCUGGGUGUGAGAGAGGUCCACAAUGUCUGAACUUUUUAUGGAGUGUGUCGAGGAGGAGCUGGAGCCGUGGCAAAAACAAGUUCCUGAAGUUAACUUGAUAGAUGAUGAUGAUGAUGAUGAUGAACCCAUCUUCGUUGGAGUACUCUCUAAUAACCAGAAGGAUGGUAAGCCUAACCCUCCACCUCCUCAGAGAGACAAUGCAGGGAAACAAGAAGUAAAGCCUCCUGCUCCUCAGCCUGCCAUUGGCUCCUCGCCAGUGAUGCUGCCAUUGAGUGUGGCUGGAAAUGCAGUAAAUACUGCAGCACCCAAUCUUACAACAGUGACCCCCCAUCCUGUUAUCAUCAAUAACCAGGGUUUCAUUGUCACGUCUCCACAAUUGGCAAACAACCGUGAGUUCAUUGCCUCCCUUGGGAGCCAGUACCCUCCUGGGACUUCCUUUACAAUUGUACCAGCUAGUCAGCAGCAGCUUUUUCAGCAGGUCACUUCAGCCACAGUAAUGCCUCGUGCCGUCCACAGGCCUCAGGUGCAACAAAUUAGCAACAACGUUGUGACGUUGUCUAACGUGCAGAGUCCGGCUGUGUAUUCAGCACAAUCUCACCAGCUGCAGCUUAUCCAGUCCAACUCACAAUCUCUUCAGACCUUUUCUGUGCCUGUAAAGGCCAAUAACAAUAACAGAGAUCAAAGUUUAGUCAAACUAGGAUUACCACCACGGCCAAUAGAGAGCGCAGCAAAAAGACCCAAGCUUGAUUUGGGGCCGGCAAAAGUAAUUGCCCCUGCGGAAAAUGGGAUUUUAAAGAAAAAGUGCCCAAAGUGUCAAGAAGAAUUCCUUACACAGGAGGCCCUGAAAUUUCAUAUAUUGAGUGGCUGUGCAGUUGUGGAAAGUACAGCUCCAUCAGCCCUGAACUUUGUUGCAAACAAGCGCAUCAUGCUGGUCUCAGACUUCUACUACGGACAGUUUGAGGGAGAUUGGGACAAGAAGGACGGGCAGAAGCCCAAUACUACUUUUAAGUGCCAGAGCUGUUUGAAAGUUCUCAAGAACAAUAUCAGGUUCAUGAACCACAUGAAGCACCACCUGGAGCUUGAAAAACAGAACAGCGAGAGCUGGGAAAGCCACACAACUUGCCAGCAUUGCUACAGACAGUACAUGACUCCAUUCCAGCUGCAGUGCCACAUCGAGAGCGCUCACAGCCCAAUCGAAUCCUCAACCAAUUGUAAGAUAUGUGAGCUAGCGUUUGAGUCAGAGCAAGUUCUCCUGGAACACAUGAAGGACAACCACAAGCCUGGGGAAAUGCCCUACGUCUGCCAGGUCUGCAAUUUCAGGUCGUCUUUCUUCACGGAUGUGGAGACGCAUUUCCGAAGUGUCCAUGAAAACACAAAAGACCUGCUCUGUCCCUUCUGUCUCAAAGUUCUUAGAAGUAGUCAUAUGUACAUGCAACACUACAUGAAACAUCAGAAAAAAGGGAUCCAUCGCUGUGGAAAAUGCAGACUGAAUUUUCUCACAUACCGGGAGAAAGUGGAUCACAAGACUCACGUCCACAAGACUUUCAGAAAACCUAAAGCCCUGGAAGGCCUUCCUCCAGGAACAAAGGUGACCAUUCGAGCCUCCCUUACAGGAAAGACACCCACAUUGGCGACCUCCCCUGAUCAAUCUGGCUUUACUGUUAGUCCAGAAACACUAAGUUUCAACCCGCAAACCAAACCUCCAGUCAGUCUAUCCAAAUUUAAGUCAAACAGCUCUGGAGCAGGAAAAGCCAAGACGACUCCAAGCAAGAAGCAAGAUAGCCGGAAUACUCCCAAGCACAAUCUGGCGCUCAGGAAUCUCAGAGUCAAUGGAGGACGGUUCACUUGCAUUGAGUGCAACACACGAGUUGAUCACUUCUUUUCUCAUUUCCCAAUGCUUUCGAAUUGUGGUGCGUGCAAAUAUCGGACAAGUUGCAAAGUCUCUAUUGGGAAUCAUAUGAUAAGAUUCCAUAGUACCAUAACCAAAAACAGAUUUUUGAAAAUGGAUCAUAAGAAAUAUCCAUCUGCAUCAAGAUUUACCCUGGUCUGUCUGAACUGUGACCUCCUCGCAGGCGCAUCAGGCGGUGACCUGAUGACCAAACAUUUAACUGAUAGACCAAAUCACGUAUGCAAAGUCAUUCAGGAGAAAGCAGAUAACAAAGCCAAAGAUCGAGUGCAUCUCGUCUUGGGGCAGCCAGCAAAAGUCUUGUACGUCUUGACUUCAGCACCUUCUCAAAGACCAAAAGAAAUGGACUUGAAACCAAUUGAAAGUGUCACAUCUGAAAGUGUUACUCUUGCCACUGUUGACCAACUACAACCAGAGCCGAUGUUACCAGCAGGUGAUCAGGAAAAGGGUUCCACAGAAACAAGUUUUGUUGAAGGUUCCUCUGAAGGACACUUAAAGCAGUCGUCAUUGCCCGCUUUAUCGUCUUGCUGUACAUCAGACGGGGAUUUAGAUCUCUGUGAAGAGUCAGUGGGUAACUCAGAGAGCCAAGAUGUCAGAGAGCAGCUCCCUGAGCAUGAGACUAGGGAACAUGUCAUAGAGCCGCUCCCUGAGCCCAAGACUAGGGAACAUGUCAUAGAGCCGCUCCCUGAGCCUGAGACUAGGGAACAUGUCACAGAGCCGCUCCCUGAGCCCAAGACUAGGGAACAUGUCAUAGAGCCGCUCCCUGAGACUAGGGAACGUGUCAUAGAGCCGCUCCCUGAGCCCGAGACUAGGGAACAUGUCAUAGAGCCGCUCCCUGAGCCCGAGACUAGGGAACAUGUCAUAGAGCCGCUCCCUGAGCCCGAGACUAGGGAACAUGUCAUAGAGCCGCUCCCUGAGCCUGAGACUAGGGAACAUGUCAUAGAGCAGCUCCCUGAGCCCGAGACUAGGGAACAUGUCAUAGAGCCGCUCCCUGAGCCUGAGACUAGGGAACAUGUCAUAGAGCAGCUCCCUGAGCCCGAGACUAGGGAACAUGUCAUAGAGCCGCUCCCUGAGCCUGAGACUAGGGAACAUGUCAUAGAGCAGCUCCCUGAGCCUGAGACUAGGGAACGUGUCAUAGAGCCGCUCCCUGAGCCUGAGACUAGGGAACGUGUCAUAGAGCCGCUCCCUGAGCCCGAGACUAGGGAACAUGUCAUAGAGCAUCUCCCUGAGCCCGAGACUAGGGAACAUGUCAUAGAGCAGCUCCCUGAGCCCGAGACUAGGGAACAUGUCAUAGAGCAGCUCCCUGAGCCCGAGACUAGGGAACAUGUCAUAGAGCAGCUCCCUGAGCCCGAGACUAUGGAACAUGUCAUAGAGCCGCUCCCUGAGCCCGAGACUAGGGAACAACAAACUAAAUCAGAAAACCUGUACAUCAACUAAACAAUGCACAUGAAACAUGAGAAGAUAACUGCUUCAUCAGUCAUACCUCAGCAUUGUUUUUUACAAACAUAUUAUAAUGUUGCUUUGGCUACUAAUCCCCUCAAGAUUUGUGUGUUUGACAAGUCAAUUUCAACAGGAAAAAAUAUUUUAUAUUUCUUUUUUCUCUUCUCUCAAGCUUCCAUUGCCUAAAUAGAUAUAAACUCUUAAAUUGUUUUUAAAACUGUUCAAUGUUGUCCUUUAAAAAAAAAAAAAAAAAAAAACACCUGGCAUAAAGAGGACUGUAUUAGGCUGCGAUCCUGAUCCCCGGUGGCAGUUCCAAUGAUUUGCCUAAAGGGGCUGUACUUAACAUUCAGAACAUUAAUGUAGAAGCAAACAAAUAUUUUCUAUGUAAAAAUGUAGUGGAGUAAAGCAUCCUGAACAGAGAAGUCCCACUCCCUCUGUCUGUUGUAAUCCAAGCUUCUCUGUUCUUUGUUUUGAUAGCCGGUCCAGCCACGUGUGCAUGUUAGUGCAUGUGGUCGUGAAAAAGAGCAGGCAUUUCACGUAUUGGGGAACUGUCUGUGAGCGCCGUGUGGAGGCAAUCUCAGCCCUCUGUUUUUUGUUUUUUCUUUUCAGUAUUUCUGACUGUAAACUUAUUUGGUGGCACAGAAUAUACCGCUCACGCUCUCUGGUGAUUUAUUGAUGCAAUUUAUAUUCUCGAUGUAGUCCCCUUAAGUACAAAUACUAAAAUAAGUUUAAAGGUGGAGUCUGCGAUUCUGGAGAAAGGUUGAUAUUUGAACUCAACACCCAAACAAAUUCCUGGUUUGUGGCAGAAAUAUUGGUCCAUAAUUGAUGUGGUACAUUAUAUUGUUACCAACUGGGUUUGAACAUCCCAGGGUAACAUGUAUCUCAUCACUCAGAAAGUUGCUUUGAACUAAAAAUAUAUAGUGCAUGUAUAGAUAAUGCUAGUGUCUAAAUUGUAUUCCCUAAGAAAAAGGAUGUCAGAUCUGUGAAACAUGUGGAUAAAACAGAAGAAUUACACAGUGGUAGGAAGUAGGUGGAAAGGCAGAAUAAUACUUGUAACUGUGUUGAAUGUGCUUGCUUGUAAAAGACACAUUACUUUUGAUGGCUGUACUGAGCACGACCCUUCAACUCGAUGAAAUCUGUCAACCAAUGUUUACGCUCCAGCUGUUGGUUGAUAAAAGUUGCUUGCAACUAUGGUUUAAAAAAAAAAAAAAGUCUAGCUCCUUGUAGCUCUGGGAUUAUUUUAUACAAUAUGAUUUUGUUUACUUUUUGUGACUUCAAAGUCAUUGUUUAUUUCAUAGGUUUUUAAAAAGGUUUUUCACUCUCACUAUUAGUAUAUUUUGAGCAAGUCUGUAAAUGCAUCCAUGUCUAUGAUGGCACUGUAAAUGUAAUCCUGAGUCUGUUUUGAAUACAUUCCUCUAAAGAUAUUGUUUUUGCCUAGGACACAUUUUCCUCAACUGGGUUUGGAUCAGUGUUUUCCUGUUUGUUAUGUAAAUAAAUCUUUCAUACAAGA